UCACAUAGGUCUACAUUUUAUCCAUGCCUAUCAGUCAUUUAAACUAGGUUGUUAUACGGCAUGGCAUGCUCUCUGAGACUCUGACAUAACAAGACAACAUCAGUUUAUGAGUCCAAUAUAACGUUUCCUAGUUUUAUCAUUGAGUGGUUCAUGUUUAGCCAGUCCGCUACAUUGACACUGUUCUGUGAAACUGAUACUUCGUGAACGUAGAUGACAUGAUUCGCUUUGAUGAAUCGUCUGGAGUUCCGCUGAACUGGGAAGCCACGUCGCUCAUUGGUCAGUAUUAGUUCCUUUUGACUGCUUCGGCUUCUGCUAUUGGCUGAGCCGCAGUCAGCCUGCCCGUGGACCCGCCUCCUCCCAGCAAAACGGACAGAUUCUGAUUGAUAAUUUAAAGGCAGUCGUUCUGUUCAUCCUUCCAGUACGCGUCUCCACCGUUUUUACAUAAAGUGUUUCAGCCAGCCAGUCUUACCGCACGACCCAAGCGGACACCAAGCUCCCAGCGGUACCGGGUGAAGCCUCGGUGGCGUGAAGGCAGGUGUUGAGGACUGUCUUUCUCAUUCUGUUGUUCUGAGUCAUGGCGUCCUCUCUGCUCAGCAGGCAGCUGGCCCUCUCCCUCCAGCAGAACCUCAGGCUCACUGCACCAGGCUGCAGGUAUGUGAGUAAGGCAGCAGCGAAGACUCAGAUGGAGUUUGAAUACGAGGGGCCUUCCAUGAAGACCGAGGUCCCAGGACCACGUUCCAAGGAGCUGACCAAACGGUUGGGAGAGAUGCAGAAUGUGGGAGCAAUCAAUUUCUUCUGUAACUAUGAGGAGAGCAGAGGAAACUACCUGGUGGACGUGGACGGAAACCGCAUGCUGGACGUCUACACACAGAUCUCCUCUAUUCCUAUUGGAUACAACCAUCCCUCACUCAUUAAAGUGAUGUCCAACCCCAACAAUAUGAGUGCGUUUGUGAACAGGCCAGCUCUUGGUAUCAUGCCACCCGAGAACUUUCCGGAAAAACUGGCGGAAAGCCUUCUCUCAGUUGCUCCUAGUGGUAUGAGUCGUGUUCAGACCAUGGCCUGUGGAUCCUGCUCCAAUGAGAAUGCAUACAAAGCCAUGUUCAUCUGGUACAGAAAUAAGGAGAGAGGCCACAACAUCCCCUCUGAUGAAGACGUGAGCUCCUGUAUGAUCAACCAGAGCCCUGGCUGUCCAGACGUCAGCAUCCUGUCAUUUAUGGGUGGAUUUCAUGGCAGAACGAUGGGUUGCUUGGCAACAACGCACUCUAAGGCCAUCCACAAGCUGGAUGUGCCGUCAUUUGAUUGGCCGAUCGCUCCCUUCCCUAAACUGAAGUACCCUCUGGAGGAGUUCACACGGGAGAACGCACAGGAAGAGGCCCGCUGCCUGGAGGAGGUAGAGGACCUGAUAGUGCAGUGGCGUCAGAAGGGCCGGCCGGUGGCUGGGAUAGUGAUUGAACCCAUCCAGGCCGAGGGAGGAGACAACCACGCAACACCAGACUUCUUCAAGAAGCUACGGAACAUCGCACGCAAGCAUGGCAGUGCGUUCCAUGUGGAUGAGGUGCAGACAGGUGGAGGAGCUACCGGGAAGUUCUGGGCUCAUGAACACUGGGGGAUGGACGACCCUGCUGACAUCGUCUCCUUCAGCAAGAAGAUGCUCACUGGAGGUUUCUACCAUAAAGACGAGCUGCAGGCAGACAAGGCCUACCGUAUCUUUAACACGUGGAUGGGUGACCCGUCUAAGAACCUGUUCCUGGCUGAGGUUCUGAACGUGAUCCGCCGAGAGAACCUUCUGGAAGAGGUGACCCGCUCUGGGAAGACUCUGCUACAGGGACUCUACCAACUACAGGACCAGUACCCUAACCUGUUGAGCAGUGCUCGGGGACAGGGGACAUUCUGUGCCAUUGACAUCCGUGAUGACGCCACACGCAACAGCAUCAUCCUCAGAGCCCGGGACAAGGGUGUUCUGCUGGGUGGCUGUGGAGAUCGGUCCAUCCGGUUCCGUCCUGCUCUGGUGUUUAAAGAGUACCAUGUUCACAUGUUCCUGAACGUGUUCAGCGACGUCCUGGCAGAACACAACUAGAACCCUGCCCCGGUCCCGUCCACACUGGACUGGGCCAAACCAACAUAGGCCAAGACCAACUGGGGAUGCGGUGUAGGGGAGAGGAAGCACAAGAGUCUUAACCUAUAACAGAGGUUCACACAGUAACGCGUACACUUAAAGGGAUGCUACGGGAUUUUGGCAAUGAAGCCCUUUUUCUCCUUCCCCAGAGUCAGAUGAUACUCGUGGAUACCAUUUUUAUGUAUCUGUGUGCUGUUCGAAGGAAGUUGCUAACUAGCGCAAUUGCUAACUAGCGCUAGCGCAAUUGCUAACUAGCAUUAGCACAAUGACUGGAAACAUUGGCUCGUGAAACUACCUCUAACUUCCUUCAACCUGGAGACACAGAGACAUAAAAAUGGUAUCUACGAGUUCAUCUGACUCUGGGGAAGUGGAUAAAGGGCCUCACUGCCACAAUCCCGAAGUCUCCCUUUAACACAUACUCAAACACACACCAUACACACACACACACACACACUUGAAUUUGUCCCAUUGCUAAUGUGGCAGUCCUAGCAUUCCUCAUGUCACAGUAAUGUCCUAAUGAUACGCCUGCAAAAGGCACAAGCACAAAACAUAGUCUUAUUUUGGUCAUAUCACACAAACCCUCCAACUCCCUAACAGAUGAAGGCACAGCCAGAUGUUUUAGAACAAACACACCUGACAGGAGUGGUUAGCAGCAAGCUAACCCAAACGAGGUUGUAAUGAUACAAAAUGGCCGCCGCACGCCGACUCUUUAGCCCCUGACCUUGAGAUGAUGUCCUAGUUUGGGUUCUGUGGGUCCUCUGUAUGUCCUAGUUUGGGUUCUGUGGGGUCCUCUGAGUGUCCUAGUUUGGGUUCUGUGGGGUCCUCUGGGUGUCCUAGUUUGGGUUCUGUGGGGUCCUCUGAGUGUCCUAGUUUGGGUUCUGUGGGGUCCUCUGUGUGUCCUAGUUUGGGUUCUGUGGGGUCCUCUGGGUGUCCUAGUUUGGGUUCUGUGGGGUCCUCUGGGUGUCCUAGUUUGGGUUCUGUGGGGUCCUCUGAGUGUCCUAGCUCUUUUUAACAGAACAAUUAGGUUUCCUUUUGACUUGGGUUCUCAACCCCAGACGUUGGGAUUUUGUGAAGGAGAAUAUUAUAUUAGAUGAUGUAGUGUUUCUGCAUGUUGUUGUUCCUGAACUUCCUUUGGGUUGAAGGAAUUGAGAACUGGGUUCCAGACUCACUGUACGUCAGGGCUAACAGUCUAUUUUAAACCCCCACUUAUUAACACAUAACCAUACUUACCUACAGAUAUACCCAUGUUUAAAAUUGAAGGCAGGUUUUUGCAGUCAGGACCGCUAAAUAAAAAGCUGUAUUAUAUUUGUUGACUUGUUUGGGACGUAGUCCUAUUAGAGUGCAUCUUGCCAUAUUCAUCUGGUUUCCUCGUGAAACUACCGGACUCCUUAUUGAUGUACAGCACAAGGUGUCUACGUUGUUCUCAAUGCCUGCUGUAGUUGUUGUUUUAAACGUUGUGGACAGGUUGAAAUAGCAGCAGUAACACCAAGGAGACGGCUUCAGCAUUAACCACUGUAGAAGCUUUAUAAUAUGGCCAUGGCGACGGUGAUGACGAUUACAGUGAUGAUGAUACCUGUCUUGUUAACCAGCCCAAUCAUUAUUGUAUAGAGAGCUGAUUUCCUGUUAACCCUUAACAAUAGUAGAAGCAUUGCUAUGUUUUGUUUACAUUGUUCUGUGAGGUUAAAGGUUAUUGCAGAUCUCUAAUUAUUGUUGUCUAUGAAGCACCCUCUAUGUAUCCUAAAAUAAAACCAGAAUCACAUUGUAAUGAA